AUGUUCGAAGUCAACUUGUUCACGCCCGAGCAGUUUGGCGCGUUUGUCCCGUGGCUGGUGCUCAAUCGGGGCCCGCUGUCGGCGCUGGUGCAUCCGAAUACCGGGGAUGAUGUGAGGGAUCAUUCGCAGAGGGCGACGUGGUUGGGGGAGCCGCUGCCGGUGAAUCUGGCGCCGUUGAGGAGGAUGGUGGAGGCGAAGAGGAGGGAGGAGGAGGAGGAGAAGGGGAGGGAGAAGGGGAGGGAGAAGGAGAAGGGGCAGGAGAGGGAGCAGGAGCAGGCGAAGGUGUGA